AUGGGGGUUUCGGGUUUUCGCGAGAGUCUUCGAGUCUCCCCAUACACCUUUGACAAAAUCUGCACCGAACUCGCAUCUGAUCCAGUGUUCACCAACAAGUCCCAGAAUGAACAAAUUCCCCUCACUGACCAGCUCGCGGAUUGGGCUGGGCUUGGCAAAGGAACUGUCCACCUCAUCACCCGCAGAGUCAUGACAGCUGUCCUUCGCCCAUCUUUCCGCAAGUCUGCUGUUUCGAUUCCCUACUGCAGACUGAAAAAGAACUUGCAAAGUCCUGGGUUGAAGCUCACUUCCUGUCGUGCAUGGAGGAACGGGUGGUGCCUUGUUGAUGGCACCCUCAUUCCUCUUUACGAUCGUCCUCAUUGGUACGGAGAAAGCUACUUUGACCGAAAAUCAAAUUAUUCAUUGAAUGUUCAAGUAUUUUAA